GCCAGGAAAAAGGACCACAAAGAAGAGCCACGAGCGGAAGGACGCCAGAUCCUCUUCCUGACUCGAUUUUACAAACAAAAAAAGCGACGUUAAAUUGAACAAUUUAUUGCUGCAGACUCACGCCUGUUCGGUGCACCCCCGCCGGGAGGAAUGUACGCCUGAAGGCGCCACCGGGGAGGCCGGGAAGUGUCGGCGUGGCCGCGGCUCGCUGCUUAGCAUGAGACGCUAACUGGACAUGUUUGUUUUCUUGCUGGAGCGAAGGAAGGAAGCAUGACAUGAAAACUACUGCACUCUUUGCCACCCCGAGGUCAAAAGUUGGACUAAAGGUGCUCCCAGGUACAGAACCUCGUUGAGAUCUGCACACUUUCAACAUGGCCUGGGCUUUAAAGCUGCCUCUCACCGACGAGGUGAUCGAGUCCGGACUGGUCCAGGACUUCGAUGCCAGUCUGUCGGGCAUCGGCCAAGAGCUGGGGGCCGGGGCGUACAGCAUGAGCGACGUCCUGGCCUUGCCCAUCUUCAAGCAGGAGGAGUCCAACUUGCCACCGGACGCCGACAACAAGAUCCUUCCCUUCCAGUACGUUCUUUGCGCCGCUACCUCGCCAGCUGUCAAACUGCAUGAUGAAACACUCACCUACCUCAACCAAGGGCAGUCCUACGAAAUCAUCAUGCUUGAUAAUCGGAAAAUCGGUGAACUCCCGGAAAUCUCCGGUAAAAUGGUGAAGAGCAUCAUUCGCGUGGUGUUUCACGACCGGCGACUUCAGUACACGGAACACCAGCAGCUGGAGGGAUGGCGCUGGAACAGGCCUGGGGAUCGUAUUCUGGACCUAGAUAUCCCCAUGUCGGUCGGCAUCGUGGACCCCCGAGUGAACCCCACCCAGCUUAACACUGUGGAAUACCUUUGGGAACCGUCAAAGAGAACCUCUGUUUUCAUCCAGGUCCACUGCAUCAGCACCGAGUUUACUAUGCGCAAGCACGGCGGCGAGAAAGGCGUCCCUUUCCGCAUCCAGAUCGACACGUUCAAAGAGAACGAGGGCGGCGAGUACGCCGAGCACCUCCACUCCGCCUCCUGCCAGGUCAAAGUUUUCAAGCCUAAAGGUGCCGACCGAAAGCAGAAGACUGACCGGGAGAAGAUGGAGAAGAGAGCGCCCCAGGAGAAGGAGAAGUACCAGCCAUCGUAUGAAACUACCAUCCUAACUGAGUGUUCUCCCUGGCCUGAGAUUACCUACGUCAACAACUCCCCGUCACCCGCCUUCAACAGCACACCCAGCAGCUUCCCAGUCGCAGAAGGAAACACUUCACCAAACCACCAAGCGCCUGAGCCUGUCGUUCAGGUAGCGGAUAAUUUGUUGCCCGCGACGACGCCACAAGACGCACAACAGUGGCUUCUCCGAAACCGCUUCUCGCCCUUCUGUCGUCUCUUCACUAACUUCUCAGGAGCGGACCUGUUGAAGCUGACCAGGGAGGAUGUGAUUCAGAUCUGCGGCCCGGCAGACGGUAUUCGGCUCUUCAAUGCACUAAAGGGACGGGUGGUACGACCCAGGCUGACCAUCUACGUGUGCCAGGAGUCUCAGCAAACCAAACACGAGAACGGCGACGCCGCCAACAACACCUUCUUCAUCUACCACGCCAUCUACCUGGAGGAGCUGACGGCCGUGGAGCUGACGGAGAAGAUCGCCCAGCUCUUCAACAUCUCUCCCAGGCAGAUCAACCAGAUCUUCAAGCAGGGUCCCACUGGCAUCCACGUGCUGGUCAGCGACGAGAUGAUUCAGAACUUCCAGGAUGAAGUUUGUUUCGUUCUGGACACGAUGCAAGACGAAUCCAGCGAUGGCUACCACAUCAUCCUGAAGUGACCGCCGGCCUGUCAGCCUCCUCCAAGGACGUGGUCGCCCCCUCCGCCCCCGCAGGAAGUCUCUUGAGGUCCGCUGGGAGGAACACGCAGCCCUCUCGCUUCAUGUCUCGCUCGGGAGGCGGUGACUGUUACCACGGUGACGAAGCUUUUUUACUUCACCCUCCUCGACCUCUCCUCUCUUUUCGUUUUGCGUCUCCAGAGACAGUUUGGCUGCGUCUGGACUCAUGGUGUGAAAACAAAUACUGACUGGACGUCAGUGGCGUCAGGGACUCGAAGGAAAAGUGGACUCCAGCUAUUAACACGGUUAGCACCCACUAGCUAGCGUCCUCUUGCACUAAUGCUAAUAGUUUGAAUGGCGACGGACGACUCUGUGUGAACGUUUCUACGAGCCCAUAUUACUUUUCAAAACUGGUACUUUCCCAACACAUCAGCCCCAUUGAGUGUUUUUAAGUUGAUUUAGUUUUUUAAAAUCUUUU